AUGGCAGAGCACUGGUCGUGGUUGACAGGCGGUGAGGCGGGCGAGUAUACGUACAGCCCGCCCACGCGCCCUAGCCGCCCGCCCCACAGACCACUGGUUAAGCUCGCUACAAGCGCCCACCUUCAUACAAUCGCGAGAUAUUUUAUGGGACCCUUCUGUCCACGAGUGUUGUACUCUCAGGCCCCAUACCCAUUUGAGGAGAGUACGUGUCUUAUCAAGAAAAGUAAUCUCUCAUUACAGACACUACACAUGUGA